GCCCAAAGCAAAAGAUUUUUACGACAGGGGCUUUUUUGUAAUAAGCAAAAGAGAGUGGGGCGAAGUAGCAAAUAGAGUCAAAGUCGCGUACUUUGAAGAAAAGUAACAGAGGGAGGAGACCCAACAAGAAAGGAAUCCGACCUCCCAUCGGAUCUGCCGCACUCCAACUGUUUGUAUAAAAUCCCCAGACAACCCAAAAAACUCGAGAACAAGCACGCCAAGCAGCCAAAUUGCUACUGAAUUGAUACAAUAUCGAUCGAUGGGGUCCAACGCAGAGUUGCCGGAUGGGACGGUGCAGAACAUACUGGAGCAGGAUUCGUUGAAGUGGAUUUUUGUCGGCGGCAAAGGCGGCGUCGGCAAGACCACGUGCAGCUCUAUCAUCUCGAUUCUGCUCGCCAGCGUGCGGGAGUCUGUGCUCAUCAUCUCCACCGACCCCGCCCAUAACCUCAGCGAUGCCUUCCAGCAGAAGUUCACCAAGUCUCCCUCGCUUGUUAAUGGCUUCUCCAACUUGUACGCUAUGGAAGUUGAUCCUACUGUGGAGCAUGAAGACUCUCUUGGAUCAGAUGCAACUGAUGGAUUCGUAUCGGAACUAGCAAAUUCUAUCCCAGGAAUCGAUGAGGCAAUGAGUUUUGCUGAAAUGCUCAAGCUUGUGCAAACCAUGGAUUAUUCUGUCAUAGUAUUUGAUACAGCUCCAACCGGCCAUACCCUACGCUUGCUUCAAUUUCCUUCAACCUUAGAGAAAGGGCUUGCCAAGAUUAUGAGCUUAAAGAACAGAUUUGGUGGCUUGUUGAGCCAAAUGACUCGCCUCUUUGGUCUCGAUGAUGAAUUUAAUGAAGAUGCCAUCCUUGGAAAACUUGAGGGCAUGAAAGAUGUGAUUGAACAAGUGAACAAGCAGUUUAAGGAUCCAGAUUUGACGACUUUCGUCUGUGUCUGCAUUCCAGAAUUCCUCUCUCUUUAUGAAACUGAACGGCUCGUGCAGGAACUUACUAAGUUUGAGAUUGAUACACAUAAUAUCAUCAUCAACCAAGUAAUUUAUGAUGAAGAAGUUGUGGAGUCGAAAUUGCUCAAAGCUAGAAUGCGCAUGCAGCAGAAAUACCUGAGUCAGUUUUACAUGCUAUACGACGACUUCAACAUAACUAAGUUGCCAUUGUUGCCCCAAGAGGUUUGUGGGGUUGAUGCAUUGAAAGCUUUUUCGCCCAAUUUUCUAUCACCAUAUCAACCAUCGAUUACUCGAGGCACAGUGGAAGAGGUGAAGCAGAGAGUAUCGGCGCUGAGAGAGCAGCUCAAGAAUGCAGAAGCAGAACUGGACAGACUCAACAAGGGGAAGCAGAAGGCCUAAUGUGUGUGUGUGAGAGAGAGAGAGAGAGGAGCUUUGAGGGGUUAUUACUUAUCAGCAUGUUUCUUAAAUUGAAGUUAUGUUUUUUCCUCAUUUUUGUUGUGCGAUAUACGUGACUUUGUAGUAGAAAGGAGAGUUGGGUUGACUAAUCAAUUGGAUUUCAUUCAAUGUUGUAUCAUUUGUAAACGUGCAUUAAUCAGCCGGAUCAACCCGUUUUUACUGUAGUCUGAUUUUUUUUUUUUCUAAUAAGAAAUUAGGAAUCGGUACUUGUAUUUGUAUAUUGGGAUUUACAAUAAAGAUUCUGGUGACAUAAA